GGAAAGCGCAAGGUGGGCAAUCGCAGCAGUCUGUGCAACUUUGCUACCUGCGCCUGGUUCCCUCCCGCGUCCGCUCGGCCAGACUCCCAGGCAGAAUUGAUGAUGGGCUCGGUGCUGCCGGCUGAAGCCUUGGUGCUGAAGGGGGGGCUCAAGCAGCCGGGCCUCUCCCUGGCAGAACUCAUCACCUCCGACAUCUUGCACAGCUUUCUCUAUGGGCGCUGGAGAAACGUCUUGGGGGAGCAGCUGUUUGAGGAGAAGAACAACCACAGCAGCCCCAAAACUGCCUUCACUGCCGAGGUCCUGGCACAGUCCUUCUCUGGGGAAGUCCAGAAGCUCUCCAGCUUGGUUUUGCCCUCAGAAGUGAUCAUCGCUCAGAGCUCCAUUCCUGGGGAGGGACUGGGCAUUUUCUCCAAGACUUGGAUCAAGGCUGGCACCGAGAUGGGCCCUUUCACUGGCAGAGUCAUCUCCCCAGAGCAUGUGGAUCUGUGCAAAAACAACAACUUGAUGUGGGAGGUGUUUAAUGAAGAUGGCACGGUGCGCUAUUUUAUUGAUGCCAGCCAAGAGGACCAUCGCAGUUGGAUGACGUACAUCAAGUGUGCGCGGAACGAGCAAGAGCAGAACUUGGAGGUAGUGCAGAUUGGGAACAGCAUCUUCUACAAAGCCACCGAGACUAUCCCACCAGAUCAGGAGUUGUUGGUUUGGUAUGGAAACUUCCCAAAUACCUUUCUUGGAAUCCCGGGGGUACCAGGAAUGGAAGAGGAACAGAAAAAGAGUAAGCACGAGGAGUUUGGAAGCGUGGACGUUGUGCCAACCAUGACAGGCCGCAUGCGUUGUGUCAUUUGCCACCGUGGCUUCAAUUCCCGCAGCAACCUGCGCUCCCACAUGCGCAUCCACACCCUGGACAAGCCCUUUGUCUGCCGCUUCUGCAACCGCCGCUUUAGCCAGUCCUCCACUCUACGUAACCACGUCCGUCUGCAUACCGGGGAGCGUCCGUACAAAUGCCAAGUGUGCCAGAGUGCCUACUCACAGCUGGCAGGCCUACGAGCCCAUCAGAAAAGUGCCAGGCAUCGCCCACCCAACAAUUCCUUGCAGGCCCACUCUCCAACCCUGCCGGUGCCACACCCUGCCACCCUGGCACACCAUAUUCCAACAAUGGUGCUGUGAAGGCCACGCCCACAACGCUGAACUCUAAAUCCAGCUACAAUAUGGACACUUUAAAAGUGGGUAAUGGACGGAGCUGCCAUAUCUGUUUGUUUAUUCUGGGAGUUACCGGGCCCCCAACCCUUGGGGCCCCCAACCGCAGGCCUCCAGCCGAACCAGGGUCUGCAAAUCCCGUUACCUGAUGCUCACGUGCUCCCUCCCUUGUAUAAAGCCUUUAUAUAAAUAAAUAUAUAAAUAUAUAUAUAUAUAAAUAUCUUAUUAAAAAAAA